AUUCAUAAAGUUAGUGGACUAAAUAAAAAUUAUAUCUCUCGCCUCGGUCAUCAAACUCUUCGAAAUAUAUACAUUUAACGCGGCGGCGGAGAUCACAUACCCUGUGCCCUAAUUUCAGCCGGAGAAGGAACAAAAAAAAGGGUUUAGCGAUGUCGUACGACGAUGUGGAGAUAGAGGAUAUGGAGUGGAACGAAGAGAUCCAGGCGUACACGUACCCUUGCCCCUGUGGCGAUUUGUUCCAGAUCACCAAGGAGGAUCUGCGUCUCGGCGAAGAGAUCGCGAAUUGCCCGAGCUGCUCGCUCUAUAUCACCGUCAUCUACAACAUGGAGGAUUUUCAGAACGAUACGAAAAAGAAGAACAACGAACCUCAAAGUAGUCAAGCCGUCGCCGUCGCCGUCGCUUGAGGCUUGCUUACUUCUGUUGCAGAUUUUGAUGGAAGUGUUCAAGAGCAGUAGAGGAGAUCACAUGCUGUUGCGGAAUAGUUUUGGAAUUCAUAUAUGAAAGUGUGUCGCCAUUCCUAGAUUAGGGGUUUUUAUACUAACCAUUUGUAAAAGUUACCAGAGAAACAGAGGUCUUUUGUUACUGGUUAUGCGUUGAUUAUUCAACCUAAUUCUUGGUGUUUUCUUACACAUUUUUAUCCGAUAUUAUUUACAAAACUGGUUGGUUUGAGAAA